UGCGUGAUCACGCAUUACCUACAAAAUAAGGUCCACUCUAAGUUCACUUCUGUCACGGAGGCAUAUAAACAAACAGUGUUGUGUUAAAUGUGCCGGGAAAAUGGCGGCCCCGUCAAACGGUAGUGGUAAUUUAGUGGAAGAAUUUGAAGAAUCUUUUCAGGCAUGUCUGAACGUGCUGACGAAGCAGGAAGCCUCUCCUUGCGUGGAGAAGGAGGAGGUGAAAGUCGAAGUGGAAAGGUUCAUCGACCUCGCCAGGCAGAUGGAAGCUUUCUUCUUACAAAAGAGAUUCCUCUUAUCCGCAAUGAGGCCGGAGUUACUAGUGAAAGAAGAUAACAAUGAACUGAAAUGUGAGCUGCAGAGAAAGGAGGAGUUGCUCAGAAGGCAUUACGACAAGAUCAGCCAGUGGCAGAACUUGUUAGCUGACUUGCAGAACAUUUCUGCACAGGGCCACACGGUGUACAACAAGUGCCAGCAACAGACUGCGCAGGCGCCGCCCGCGGUGCAACAGGCGCCUGCGCCCCAACAUGUGGUGCAGCAGAGCGUGCAGGCACAACAAAUGGCAGCAGCGGCAGCAGCGCAACAAGCAGCGUUGCAGCAACAAGCAGCGUUACAGCAACAGCAGAUGCAGAACAGUUUGGCUCAAGGUAUGUUCCUGGCCGGAGGCCGGGGUGCCUACGCCGGGACACCACUGCAGGGGCCCCUGGCUUAUCUGGAGAAGACUGCUACUAAUAUAGAUAUGGUGGGUCUGGGCGACGGGCGGAGGUGACGCGGCCGCGGGAGGGGCAGGGGCAGAGGCCGCGGCAGAGGCCGAGGUCGUGGAGCGUCCCCUGAGUAUGGCGGCAGCAUGACCCCGCCAUAGCGCAACCCCCUCCCGGCAGCGUCCGCGCCGGACACACACAUAGACACACACACAGUCAUACACACAGACACACACAUGUAUUACACACACUAUUGAGUAUAUGCUUAGAGAAUGGAUGACAUAAUGAUGGGGUCUUUUAAAGUCACUUUAUAUAGUAGGUACAAUGUAGAAGUUGUAUGUACCUAUUAUUCGAUUUAUUUAUUUAUAAUUGUACUGCUGUAACAUCUGUUGGUAAACCAAAAUAAACCAAUAAAUAAUCAUAUCAGCCCUCCACCGCUAAACGUAGGCCUACUACUACUAUCCAUGGUUUUGGUUGCCAACGGGAAAUUCAAAUAUAAAAUGUUUUUUAAUGAUUUACCUGAGUUUACAUUCGAUAUGAGGAAUGAUCUUAGCAAUCGCUAUAGUAAAAGGUAUACACUUCGAAGCAAUUUUUGAUGUCUUUGUUUAACUCCGAAAGUGAUUUUGAAUAAAAUAUUUUGCAUUCAAAAGUUUAUCAGUUUACAUUAUGCUUAUUUUACCAAAAUUGCACGCGAACAUUUCUCAAUAUCCGCGAAACUGCAACCUUUGUGCGCGAACACAUGCUAACUAUGCAUUCGUGCCUUCACGUAUUCAUUUUUUGUUUGCGAACAGUUUGUUAGAUUCUCGCGAUUAUAAUAUCUUCAGUUUCACAAUCCUCGAAAACUAUAGAUUUAUGGUGGCUUUGGUUUCACACAUUUUAGCCUGAAACAGAGGGUUCAAUCCAUUCUCUAGGUAUAUACUAUGCACAAUAUGUAGGUAUUCAGGAUGUUAAUUUAGAUGGCAUUUUUCUUUACAUCACCCCUUUUUUACCCGACUGCCAAAAAUUGUUGUUUUUUCAUGAAACUUUUAUAAAAGAAACACCAUAUUUUCUUCCUUCUUGUUACGUGUUUAUGUGUGUAGCCUUUAACUGAAAGGCUAUGAAAAGAUGUUAUGGUAUGCCCACCAUCUUAUCCCAUUAAUACUGUUCUAACUUCUGUAACUAAACUGACAUCCUGUAUACAUAUGAAAAAUUAACUUUAAUAUUGCAAAAUACUGUAUUACACAUAGGAAAUAAAUAUUACAUAUUAUACAUAAAAGGUCGGUUGCAUUACCAUGACAUUAGUACCUACCUAAUUUAACUGUGACCUCAUAAUUUUGAAAUUUUUUGUUCGCGAGCAAAAGCUUUGUCAAAAUGUUUUGGAUUUAUUUAUCAAGUAGACAAUGCAAUAUUUUGUUAAAAAAUAAAUAAAAUAACAGCUUUUUUACACCACAUUGUCGUACGAGUAAGCGCGACAACAAACAUGUGACAACCAUAGGUUCAAACAAUGACACUUGAAAAAGCGCGACAAUUGUUUUCGCGCGUAUAAAAAAUUAGCAAACAUGCGCUGUGAGAAAAAGCUCUUAAAUAAAAAUACUAAAAAACGUAAUUUUCUAUCAGUCUCUAAUGCAAUCGACUUUACACUUUAAAAUUAACACAUUUCAUUACCAAGAUGAUACCUACACUAGUAAGUAGCAAAAUAUUGUAAACAAAGAUAUGAAAAAUUAUAAUCAACAGAGAAUAUUACAAAUUAUUUUAAUAUAAUAUACUUAAACAAAAGUAGUAUAUAAGAUAGAGUAAGUAAAGUAGAUUAGUAGACUUGCAAAUGUUCGUUGCUAAUAUUAUAAAUGCGAAAGCAACUCUGUCUGUCUACCAAGCUUUCACGCCAAAAUUUGGUACACAAAUAUUUAAUCUAUAACCUGAAAAAGGGCAUAGAAUUUUGUCCUGUGAAACUGUGAGCAACAGCUACUAAAGAAUUUUUAAUUAUUUUUGUUACCAUUAACUACUGUACAGAAUAUCAAUGUGUAUAAUAAUUACAAGUAGUAAAUGACUAGAGAUAAAUAAAUAUACACAUAGAUAAUAAAAAUCUAUUUUUGUUUAUUAAGAUCCAGUUGCACCAUUUAACUAUAACGAUAACCAAAUCAUAACCAGCCGUAUACCAGCCUUACCAAUGGGGCUCAAUUCUGCUAAUUUAAUAAUAUGUCGAUUGGAUAACAAUUGAAUCUCAAUAGCAGGUUUAACCGUAGCGGGCAUUCUGCUACUAAUAUAAGACCAAUCGUUUUCCAAUGACAUUCCAUUGGUUUGCCAUUGGUCUGCCAUUGCUCUCUAGGGAAGUCUGCUCUACAAUCGUAUUGCAAUCGUAAAUCAUUUGCAGACAAUAUGAUUCAUUAUUGAAUA